GUGUCACAAUCGCGUUUGAGUGCGUGCGAGGCGGUGGAACAAUGGUUUCGUGCCGGGAUGAUUUACCGUUUCUCGCUACCGCCGUCGUUGCCAUCAAGAAUGAUUGUACUUUGUAAAGAUUAGUGCGUCGUGUAAAGUAAGGGCUCGUCGGUGAUGGUGGACGACAAAAUGUUCGCAUUUGUGGAUGAAUGUACGCGAUACCGAGACUGGAAAUAAUAAGUACGCGCGGCGGGCAUGUCAGCGUGUUGAGCCAAAAUGGCAGCCACAUUAACCGUCGAGCAGGAGCAAGCCACGAAAGAGUUUAUCGAAGCCGUGAAUAAGUGUAGAGCCGGGAGACGAGCCGGGCCAGUAUCCUGGAGCACGGCGGUGAAAUUUUUAGCGGCACGGAAGUUCGAGGUUCAACGAGCUUUAGCUCUGUACGAGCAGCAUGAAGCCACCAGAAGGAGAGAAGGAUUAGCAGUGUUACAUCCUACUCAGGAACCUUUACUCAGCGAACUGCACACAGGAAAAUUUACUGUCCUGCCAUCAAGAGAUGCAACAGGUGCAGCAAUAGCUAUUUUUACGGCGCAUUUACACCUUCCACAAAAUACUACACAUCAAACAACUCUGCAAGGUGUUGUGUACCAAUUAGAUGCUGCUCUUGAAAGCGCAGAAACGCAGAAGCAUGGUCUAGUUUUUAUUUAUGACAUGUCUGACAGCAAGUACCAGAACUUUGAUUAUGACCUGUCUCAGAAAAUUCUGACUCUUUUGAAGGGAGGCUAUCCAGCGAAACUGAAGAAAGUUCUGAUAGUGACUGCACCAUUGUGGUUUAAAGCCCCCUUCAAGAUCCUUCGACUAUUCGUUCGUGAAAAACUGAGGGAUCGAGUGUUCACAGUGUCCAUCCCUCAGCUGACGUUACAUAUCCCACGAGAAUCAUUACCACAUCGUUUAGGCGGCACGUUGGAGAUACAGCAUGAAGCAUGGCUACUUCAUUGCCUUAAAUCCAUGACGAACCGAGGCGGGGGUGAACUGUGCGAGGUCACCCCGAGAGUGGGUACACCUGUCUCGCCCACAGCGAAAAAUCAUACAGUUCAUCAAAAUCCCAACGGAACUACAACGCACAGUAGUUCGACUAGUCCUAUAAUCGAUAAGAACAAACAGGUGAAAAAUGGUGUGUCGAACAUCGGCGACAUCGAAAUUACCGCCGCGAACGGUGACGUUUGGAUCGGAACCGACGAGGCGCCAUCCCCAGUUCAGCCUCCGUCCUCCGCCAGCUCGGGCUUCAGCGAUGACGACAGCCUCCACGGCGAUCCCGGACUGCAGGCUGUUACCAUGGAACAGUUUAUAGCGGAUAUACAUUCUCGAGGACGCGCUGGCCUCAUAGCGGAAUACGCGGAAAUUAGACAGAGACCGCCGGAUGGUUCAUUUAAUAAUGCAAAGUUAAGGUCUAAUCAAUCAAAGAAUCGCUACACCGACGUGCUCUGCUACGAUCACAGCAGAGUCUGCCUUUCGCAAAUAGACGGGGACGCGACGUCUGAUUACAUUAAUGCGAAUUUCGUCGACGGUUACAAGCAGAAGAAUGCGUUUAUCAGCACUCAGGGUCCUCUUCCGAAAACCUGCGGUGAUUUCUGGAGGAUGGUUUGGGAACAGCAAACGCUGGUCGUUGUCAUGACAACAAGAGUGGUGGAACGAGGCCGCACGAAGUGCGCACAGUACUGGGGUCCGGAACCUGGUGAUGAAGUACAAGCGGGUGGCUUCACCGUGACCACUCUUGAAGUUGAUACAAAUCCAGAUUAUACAAUAUCCAUGCUUCUCCUUACAAACAAUAAGACUGAUGAGACGAGGGAGGUUUGCCAUAUGCUGUACACAGCGUGGCCAGAUUACGGUGUUCCUCAAUCGGCUAAAGCUUUACUGCAGUUCUUAUCCCUAGUGAGACAGCAACAGAGCAAAUUACUCGCCAGUAGAGGAGACACAUGGGCCGGACAUCCCCGAGGACCACCUAUAGUUGUACAUUGCAGCGCUGGCAUCGGAAGGACAGGUACAUUUUGCACCUUGGACAUUUGCAUAUCGCGACUGGAGGACACCGGAACCGUAGACAUACGAGGAACCGUCGAGAAAAUCAGAGCACAGAGGGCCUACAGUAUUCAAAUGCCGGAUCAGUAUGUCUUUUGCCAUCGUGCUCUAGCCGAAUAUGCGCUUUCUAAAGGGAUGCUCAGUGCGCAGCAUCUCUCCAUGUUACCUCCAUCGAUCGAAGAGGAUUCUGAUUAAGAGGAUUAACCAGCUCUGCUAUCAUAUACCGGAUUGAUGUUCUUCCCGAGUAUGCGUAUAUAGUAUCCUAUAAAUAGCCUAUUUCUACCUUAAACGACUGAAAGUUAUUUUUUGCUAUUGUCUCCAUCAAACGUAACGAUUUGAAUCUUUCGUUAUUAAUAUGCCAAUCUCAAACUUCCGACGGAAUCAAAUUGGAUUUUUUCUUUUUCAAAGGCCAAAUAAAUGAACAGAGAGUUCUACGAGGAGUUUCUGUUCUUCAUAUCGUGCUCCGAGAAAUUCUAUACGAAAGUGCAUCCAAAAGCACUGAUCAAAGAUAGGUAUUUUACUAGCAAAUAAGAAUCUGGCACAAACAAUUUUAUAGAUCCUAUCUUAACUCUCUCAAAUGUAAAAGUGAUUAUUCACAUUAUGAUAAUUCACGUCAAAUAUUGAGAAAAGUUUUACUUAGAUUGUUACAUCAGAAGUUAUAAUCCUUAUUCGAACAAUUAACCCUUUGAUUGUAAUCGGCGUCCUCAGGUGUUCGAGAUAAAAGCGCCUACUGUGUACCAUCGGUGCCUUUAGGCAUUCAUAGAUAGAAAUUAUUGAACAAUUGAAUAAUUCAACGGUUUUUUAAUGCGAAAAAGUGUUCCGCACACCGAAACAAAUCCUGUUUCAGCUCGUUCGUACACAGCGUGCAUCUUGCUUUCGAAUGUCUCAAAGGGUUAAGAAUAUAGCCUAAACUAUUUCAUUUAAUACACAUAUUACAUAAUUAUUUAUCAUCUCGUGUUUUUAUAACGAUUAUACAAUCAUAUAUGUGUAAGAUUAUGAAUAAUUUUACUGAGAGAGUUAAAUUGUCGAUCUUUUUUUGAAAAGCUGGAGAACAACCCAUAUAGAACUUUAAAAAUAUAUGAAAAAUAUAUAUAUUAUAUAUAUAUAAAUGUGAUUAUAUUAUAUAGUUCACAAAUUUUGACGAAUGUGGUUUAACGGUGGCUAAUGUAUAGCCACAGUUAUUUAAGAUUUCGAGAUUUAGAAAUAUUAUAACAUACGAUAAAACGCGGCUUCUGCCUUACAGAAAUAUAGAUUAGAAAGUAACCAACAACAUAUUAAUAGAUGUGUUUUUGGAUAACCAAAGAUUAUCUGCUACACAAGUUUAGAAAAUCGAAAUUUUUGAAUGUAUGUAAAAUUUGGUUAUAACACAAUCGCGCGGGGGAAAAAACAAUAUUCCGUU